AUGUUUGAAAUCCAAAUUCUUAUAAAAUUUCAUGAGAAUCAUAUAAAUAACAGAAUUUUGUAUCAUACUGAAGAUGAUAUUAAAUUCACUUUACCUUCUAAUGAGUAUGUUAUUGAUGCCUUGCCUGUUGUUGAAUAUGUUAAUGAAGAUAACAUGUUUGAGAAUAGUGAACAUAAAAAUGAGCCUGAUACUUUCUCUGUAGUUGAAAAUGCUAAUGAUAAUAUAUUUAAAGGUAAAAAUCCUAAAAGUGUGUCCAAUAUUCUAACUGUAAUUAGAAAUGUCAAAGACAACAUAUAUAAAAGUGAAGAUUUAGAAAAUGAGCCUAAAGACAGUUCUCUAAAAGAAAUAUAUACUAGGCAGACCUUUACUUCUUUUAAGAUGCUUAAACAAAGUAAAUAUUUACCUAAAAAGAAGUUAGAUCUUAUAACAAAUAAAAAUCAGGAAUUAGCAUAUAUAGAUUGUAGAUUUGUGUUAAAUGCUUCAUACAAAAAACAAUCAAAUCUUGUGUUUGUUAACAAGUUCAUUAAAAAACACAAUCAUGUGUUAAAAGACAGUAAUUUACUUCAAUUUUUACUAUUAUUACAUAAAAUACCUACACAUAUAAAGGAAGAAGUUAGAUUUUAUAUUCAAGAAUGCAAUUUAGAAGUGACUAUUUUAAAACAAAUAUUAUGA